UUCAGAAUAGUUCCAGAUGUGGCCAUGUUUAGUUAAUCUUUGAAGUUUCGCUUAUCAAUUGAUAUUUACACAAUAUUUAUAACAUCUUCUACAUCCUGACGAAUUGAACAUUUCUCGCUAUUUGCCAAAAAUAAUUCACUAUAAUUGACUGCAGCAAAAAGACACGAAAAAAUAUAAAUAAACGUACACAGGGACUCUGAAAAAAAAUUAACGAGAACAGCAAAAUACUCAGAAAUACACACGUACGCGAGCUCAAGCCACGCUAAGCCAAGCAAGCCAAGCCAAGCCCCGAGAAUACGAUCCGCUACACACUAUCUUUUCGUCAUGUUUUCUUAAAUUUAUUAACCAUGAGUAUUGCGAUACUUAAUAUAUCGGUCGAGCAAUAAUAAGGAAAGCAACAACGUAUACCGACAAAUAAAUCUGAACGCGGCAGAUCUUGACAGGUUUCACUAAAAACGUUCAGUAGAAAACUCGGUACACGGUCACGUAUAUGAUUAUAUCUGAGCUUUUCACUGGGAGCCUUUUUAUCGCGUUUCUAUACUUGGCCUGGUUCGUACGUCGUAUUCGCAUUUGCCACGGCGCCACGUCAGCUAGAAUGACGCUGGCUGGCUUAUUAGAGCUGCGAGACGCAAUUUCUGAAAAUACAGUGAACAAUUUCAUCCAAAGUGAAAAUACUUACGAUUUUGGACCAUCAUUGCCUCAAAUAUAAUUCAAAUAUCGAAAUUAUCAAUUGAGUUGGAAAAAUCGAGGAAAAUAUUAAUAAUAAAUCAGACGAACGCACAAACCGUUGAUGGCAUUCGUUAUUUUUGGCUAUCGGGAUAUUUGAUAACGAAACAGUCAAGGAGAAAGAAAACAGCGAAAAAACUACACAUUUGCCCCUAAAUGGUAGAAUUUAGGCGCGCAACGUACAAAAAUCAAUCACCGUUCAUCGAUUAGUGCAGUCAGUAUAUUGAUUUCAUCCAACAAAAUCAAUAAGCAAACAAUGGCACUAGAGAGUGUUUCCGCGGCCGAGACCCAAAUCGAAAGCAACAAUGAUGAAGAUUUGGAAGAUGGAGAGAUCCCGUCUGACGAAGAUGACGAGCCGAUUCCACCUCCGGUUAUACCUAAGCCUGGUAUUGAACAACCUAAGCCUAUUGCAAAGCAAGAGCCUCCCAAGAAUAAAAUUUUUGAUGCCAAGUUUAACAAAAAUAAAAAGCCACUUGUGCAAGCAGGAAGUAAACUUGAUAGAUUCAAUAAGUAUAAAAAUCCAUCUGAGGACUGGGCAGGUGAUGUUGAGAAAGCAAUACGAGCUGCAUUAGAGGAAGAUAAAGCUAAGAGUCAAGAUAAUAAAAAUAAAAAUAAAAAUAAUCGUAAUAAAGGUAGCAGAAAAAGGAGUCGUGAAGACAGGGAGGAAGACCGUAGUAAAGAACAAAAGAGGAGAAAACCAAGUGAUGAAGAAGAUGGUAAUGAAGAUGAUGACGAGAUGCUGUUUGUCAGAGGUGCUUCACCAAUCAGAAAAGACUCCCGGGAACACGGUUCUCCUGCAAGACGUCUAAACAAUGACUAUGAGAGUUACGAGAGUGGGUCCGAUUACGAAGAUCGUUCCGGAUUCAAUCGACAUCGAGAUAAUGAAAACAAGCGUGGUGGGCGCGGAGGUCGUAGGGGUGGGAAAAAUGAUAGAGGAGGCAAAAAUAAAGGGCGAGGCCACAUGCGGAAUGAUCGAAACAACCGUAGAAAUCAGAACAACGAUCAUAUCCAGGACCCGGACUCUGUUUGUGUGUACUUCAUGCAAGGAAAAUGUCACCGUGGGGAUGACUGUCCAUUUUCUCACAAUGCUCUUCCUCCACGUAAAAUGGAACUCUGUAAAUUCUACCUUAUGGAUUGUUGUGCCAAGAGAGACAAGUGCCUCUAUAUGCAUCAUGAUUUUCCAUGUAAAUUUUUCCACACUGGAUUGAAUUGCACAAAUGGAGAAAAUUGCAAAUUUUCUCACAGUCCACUUAAUGAACAGGUCAAAAAUAUUUUACUGAAACACUUGGAAACGGCACCGAAAGAGAUUUUGGGAGACUUUCCAAGGCUCACUAGGGAAGGAGCAUUGAUGAUGAUCAAUAGUACUGCCAAAGCUCAAGGACAAGUGAAUCAGAAUCUUGCAAACCAGAAAAUCCCCAGUCUCUUUGAACUGAAUGUCCCAGUACCAAAUGCCACUCACGGUGGAGAAACAAAAGACGAUGAAGCUGAGAAUACAGGUACCCAGCCAAAGAGUGGAGUAAAAGAAAGAAAAUCACCAGGAAAAAAAACUAGAUGGGGCUCUGAUGAGGAUCGCGUACCUUAUGAACAAAUUAUGCUGCUCCAGUCUGCAAACCAACUUGGCCUUCAAUUACCCAAUGCUGCUCUGGGCUUGGCUGUUCAACAACAACUGCAACACCAGCUAUUAUUGCAGCAGCGAAUUGCUAGCAUGGGAUUUUACAAUGAAUCGACUGGCGAUGAUAUUGAAAAAGAGCAAGAUGUCAAAGAAAAAGAAGACUUUACAAAAGAUGUUGAGGAGGAUGAAAUUGCUGCUCAGGCAAAAAAAGUUGAAGAUGAAGCAACGUUUGAAGCGCCAAAAGAUGUGGACCUCAGGCAACUUUUAUUGCAGCCUGCAAAGCUGUCUACUGUGAGCAUAGCCGAAGAAGCAGCGAACCUAAAUACAAAAGUUGAUGAGGAAAGUGACAGGGAUGAAGAAACUCAGCUGAUUAUAGAAAUUCCUGUCGAGGAAGAAGAUAAUAGAGAUAGAAGUAGUGAAAAAUUGAAACAAGAGCAGCAAAUGUCCACCCAAUCUUCAAGUGUAUCUUUAGCAUCAGGCAUCUCCAACGAGGAUGGCGAAAUUCCAUCGCACUUACCAAAACGAGCGCAAGAACUAUUUCUAAGAAUUCAACAGCUGCAACGAGCUGCUCAAGACAGUUUCAAAAACAUGGAUGAUGAUCACAUCAAAGAUAAUUUGGAGAAUCAACAAGGUGAUUGGUACUCUGAUGAUGAAGACGACGACGAUGAUGAUGGAGGUAACUUGACAAUCGUUCUGAAAGACACACAAAAGGAUGACAACGAAGUUGAUGCUGACGGCAAGUCAAGUGGGCAUAAAGAUACAUCGUCCUCCUCUAUAGUCGAAACUUUAGCUGUACCUCAACCUGCGGCUAUUGUAGAUAAACUUGGCGACUUGAGCAAAAUUGAUAUCAGCGCUGAAGUUUCAAAAUUAUUGUCAACAAUUAAAGCUCACAGCUCAACAACGAAUAGCAAAGUUAGGAAUAGUCUACCAAAGACGGAACAGCCCGUUGAAAAUGUGGCGAAGACUGAUUUGGAGCCUGUUGAGAGACCUUUGGCUCCAAAAAAAGUCAAGAUUGAGUAUCCUACCGAGUAUAACCAUCAGGGAAAGAGUAAAAUCGACGUGUACACUGGUGUUUUACCCGCGUUCGACCAAGGUUCGGAAACAUCUAGUAUGUCCGUCCGUUUGAAAACGAUAGUAGAAGAUGGAAUCCCAAGCCCCAACUCGUCACCUAAUAUGAACAUGAAUAAUACUUCCACUCCCAUUUCGAGAGAUCCAAGAAUGUCUAGGGACCCACGUCAACGACGAGAGGAUCAUAAGCUACACAGUCCGCCACCAACGGCGAGAUCAGAGCUGAAGAAAGAAUCAAAACCAUUGAGGAUAGAGAAUAGUAUCUACAGUUCAGGAAUAACAAGCAUGGAUACUCACUUGGAUACAGAUUUAAGAGCUAAAAGUGAUCAGGAUCACAGAAGAAAAGAUAUGGACUUGAGACAACGAUACCCUUCAGACUUUGGAGACACGGAUUUGAGAAUAGUAACAGCGACGUCAACCAGAUCAGACAUUGAUCUGAGACAAAUGCUCAGCCUCCCUUUCAAACCUGCACCAUCACAUGUUCCUUGUACAGAAAUAGAUGCGAGUAUAUCUUCGCAUCCUCCCAUGCCGUUCAAAGUAUACGUAGUAGAUAUACCAAGACCUUACUAUACAGGUCUGAAAUUGACUAGAAACGACCCGCAGGUCAAAAAUGACCCUAGACUGCGAAAAAUAUUUCGCAUCACUGACGCAGACCUCGCCGACUCGCCGAUGUCCCCGCCACCUGUUAAACCAGACACACCAAAGUCUCCACCACAAGUUCGGGCAGAUCCACGUAGAAAAGCCUUAGAAAAUGCAGCCCUACCAACUUCUAGCAGUGCUAUACCUUCCAUGUCCGCAAAUUCUCAGCCACCACCCAUAGAUAAUGUGAAGGCGAUUAAUUCUCAAGGCAUACCCAUGGCCUUGGGCGGUAAUGCGCCAAUGAUGGGAAAUAUGGGACCAAUGAAUAUGAUGGGAAAUAUUGGAGCGAAUGGGCCAAUGAUGGGAAAUAUGCCAAACAUGGGACCAAUGCCGGGUAUGACCAACGUACCGCCAAUGGGAAACAUGGGGCCGAAUGGCGCACAUAUGGGGCCUGCAAAUCAGAUGAAUUUUGAUCCCCGAUUUAACGCCCAGCGUAACAGUGGGGCUGGUUUGUUGGGCCCUGCACCUACUAUGGGGGGAUUCGGACAUGACGGGCCAAAUUACGAAGGACCAAAUUAUGAGGGACCGAAUUUUUCACCUAGUAAUUUCAACAACUUCGGACCUAACGAUAACAUGAUGGGCUUUGGUCCCAAUGGACCUCCACCUCCUAACUUUGGGGGUAAUGGAGGGGACUGGAACGCAGGCAAUCAAAAUCAGAAUAAUCGGCGAGGGUCGGGUCGGAUACGCAGACGAAAUCGUAACAGAAGUAAUAAUAACAGUAGUAAUAGAAGAUCUCCGCCGUGAAUUGUAGAAUUGUAUGCAUACAGUGAGACUUGUAGCAUCACAUGUUAAAAGUGGUUAAUAAUGAUGCCAACAUGACAAGUAAUAUAUGAGGCAGCUAAAAUGAGCAUGUGACCUAAUUGAGUAAAUUGGCUCUUGCUCGUAUAAGUUAGCAACGAGAUACUUCAUCACAUUACAUUUGAUAGACGACCGAGUAAUCCCUGGGUACUGAGUAUCCAGAAAUCAAUAUUAAAGCUGGUACAGAUUUGACAACACCAGUCAAAAAAUUGCGAAUCAAGUGUUAUAAUAAUUGACCAGAUUGUGCAUCAUCUGUAUUCCGUUUUAAAGUUGUGCGCUUUAAGUAUAUUUCAUUUACCUAGUAGUUAUUCGAUAUUAUAUUUAUCGAUUGAAAUAACUUUGCAUUAAAAAUAAUCAGUACGGAAUUUUUCCUUAGUUUUACUUCUUAUUUUAUAUUUGAAGAUGUGUUGCUUAUCAAAUCGCCAUAAUUCAUUAUGAAGGAAAAUUAUCUUCAAGUGGCUUGACUUGACAUAUUGUUUUCCCCUAAAAUGCAGACCUAUUCAAUACAAUCCUGAAACACAUACUUUUUUGUAUUACCCCUGUUAUCGCCUCAACAACUUCAAUUGAAUUUAAUUCACUUGUAUUCCCCAAGCUCUCUUUGUAACCUGUUUUAAAUAUCCACUAUAAGACAUCUUCCACAGUUUACUAUCAUGUACUAUUAUUUACACAAGAUGUAAUAUUUUGUUGCUAUACAUCAAUUUUUCUUAGUUUUAUUUUUCUUAAAUUUAUUACCACUGUGGAGAAUAUUCACGUCGCAAUUGUAAAAAUAGUUUUGGCAAAAUGAUUUCAAACUAGAUAUGUCAAUUGAUUCAUACUAAUCAUGGAAUCUGGUACGAAGUUUGAAAUACAGAAAUUAAUAUGUAUCAAUAUGUUUAAGUUUCAAUUCUGAUUAUUAAGACGGGCAUCGGACAAUAUAUACCAACGAUUUUCUGUAUACUGGUACAUCACUUAAUAACCAUACAAAUGAAAUGAUGUGAAUUGAUUAAUGAUUUCAAUAAUUACCGAUUCAUCAUGGAUAACAAAUUAGACAGAAUGAUGAUUGAAGCUUGUACAUAGAGUUUCUAGUUCGAAUUAGUUGGAGGAAAAAAUACUAAUAAUGAAAUUCAUGACACAACUCCUUAAUGAUUGAAUUUAAAUUACUUACUACAUGUGUAUUACUUACCGAUACUUGGUAUUAUGUAUUCCCGUGUUAUUUUUGUACGUCUUCCAACUGUACAUACAUACUUUACUAAGUUAUCAUCAGCUCAGACUCUAUUAUUGCAUAAUAUUUACUUGAUUGUUAAAUUCAAUAUUAUUAAUUUAAGAUAUAUGUUAAAAAAAUUUAUAGAAGUAUCAUGUAAUAAAUCAAUGAUGCAACCUCAGCUAAUAUUAAAUUUCUUAUUGUUUGUUCAUUGCAAACACAUUUCGCUAAAACGAGAAAAUUGAAAUUUAGUGAAUAUAUAAAAUUAAUAUGGUGAUUUUCAACUGAAAAAUUAUUAUUAUUCAUUCAUCUAAAAAAUCAUAUUAGCAAUCAUAUUUAAAUAUACAUAUUGUAAUGACUCCCCCAGUGAUAUGUGAAUAGUGUAUAUUUCCUGAAUCAAAUAUGAUGAAACUUAAUUAUUCUACGUAGAAUUAUCAGUGCUACAAUUUAUUUAAAACGUUUGUAUCUAUGCAGAUAUAGUUAUAUAACAUCGUUUUUCGGCUAUAAGCAUUACUCAUUUUUCCAUCGCAAAUAAUAUUAUCAUGCAAUCGAAAAUAAAUUAAUAUCGUUAUCUAUAGAAUAAUAUGCCUAUAAUUAACUUUAAUACAAGUGUUUUAUAAUUUAUGUAAAGUAUUAGUGGGUAAUAUUACAAGAUCGAGACUUGAAAUAAUCAGCAGUAUCUUAUUAACCUACCGUUUUAUUCAUAUUUUUAUUUGAUCCAACAGUGCUCCCGGUGUUAUAACUACAGUUCCAAUGACUUAAUUAAUCAUGUUAG